CCUUCAGCUCGUUUGCGAUGCCUAAAGCAGCAGUGAAAAAGCUGCACUGGCGCUCGAAAGUGCAGGAAACCUUCAUCCCGCUCGACGGGGCCUCAGGCGACCUGGGCGUGGCGGUUGGAGGCGGGGCCGACUAUGGAGAGUUCCCAUUCAUCACUGCGGCCCACGGGGGCGGAGUCACAGUGGGCGACGUCAUCUUAGAGAUCGGCGGAACCCCCGUGCUGGGUAUGACCCUCGGGGACGUGCGGGGCGUCCUCAACUCCUGCCCACACCCCGUCCGCAUCAAGACUGUGUCACCAGGCUCCACCCUGUGUAAGGACUUGCGGCUGUACCUCAGUAAAUGCUUCACGCCGGGCUCCAUGGACAGCCAGCUGCAGCAGGUCAUCCGAGAGAACCUCUACCUGCGUGCCGUGCCGUGCACCACCAGACAGCCACGCGAUGGCGAGAUCCCCGGGGUGGAUUACAACUUCGUCUCGAUCGAGGAGUUCUUCUCUCUGGAGGAGUCCGGGGCCCUGCUGGAGAGCGGCAAGUUCAAAGGCAAUUACUACGGCACCCCUCGUCCGGUUCACAUAGGGCCUGACAGCCCCCCCAUCACCUACCAGGAGCACCGCAACCUGCUGAGAAAGUUCCGGACUCGCAGCAAGAGCCUGAGCCACCUGGAGAAGGCAACAGAGGAGGGAGAGAACAGCGAGGAGGACUCAGGACUGUCCGGAGGUUCGGCCGGAGCCUCCAGCCUCCCCGCUCCUACGCUGUCCCCCUCCCAGUCACGGGGCUCCAGCGGGGCCGACGGCAGCGCCCUGGACAACGGCUUCGGACAGAAGAGGAGCUCCCGGCGACGCACCUCCAGCCAGAACUGGGAGAUGGUCUACAGCGACUCAGGGGACCCAUACUAUGUGGAUCACAUCUCCAAGACAUCCAACUGGCAUGACAAUCGACCGGAAAGCAGGGAAAGCACCUUCAUCAAAACAGGCCUGCCUGUGUUCACAGAGCAGCCUGGUGAUCUGAGGGGUUACUCGGUGCACACGCGCCUCUCUAAGGGACCCCGCGGCUUCGGCUUCAACAUCGUGGGGGGGAGCCGGCCGCGCGAGUUCCUGCAGGUCUACAGCGUCACGCCCGGAGGCCCGCCCGCGCUCAACACAGCGGACAUCCUGGUGUACAUCAAUGACGUGUGUGUGCUGGGCACCUCACAUAAGGAGGCAGUGGAGAUUCUGAAGGGCAUCCCCAUAGGCCACAGCGUGGACGUGUCGGUGCGCAGGGGCUACCCCAUGCUCUAUGACCCCGACGGGUGCCCCAAACAGCCCGUGCCCACCCUGCCGGACCACCCGCCCUCUCCGGCCGCCCCCACGACCACCCAGCCACAGCCUCAGCCUCAUCUGCACCUUAAUGGCAUGCUUCCCCGCCACCCCUACCCCGACCGCACCUACACGGGCAUCCACGCCCGCAGGAUGGCGCGCCUGAGCCUGGACUCCAACGGCAACGCCUCGCCCACGUCCUCGCCACCCCGCGGCCCGCUCUCCUACGCCUCCUACUCCAACGUGGCGCCCGGGUUCCGCCCGCGCUCCUCCAGAGGGUUCCACCACCUGCAGUACGCCCAAGACAACCUGGCCAGUCAGAGCGACAGCGAGGUGGUGUCAGCCAUUGGCUCCCACAGGGCCUCCCUCAUCCGUAACCACAACAACAACUCCCUCUGUGCUCCCUCUCCCCUGCACCACCACUCGGCCAAGUCCUCCGAGAGCGACAUCUCCACCUACGGUUCCCCGGUUCUGCCCGUCUCCCACCUCCCCCUGCCCCAGUCCGAUCUGGGCCACCACCACGUCCCUCCCGCGGGCCAGGCCUCCUCCUCCCUCACCUCCUCCCCGGUGCGCCGGCCGAGCAGCAGCGGCAGCUUCCACCGCCCCAAACCCCACCACGCCCUCCUCACCCCCCCCACCCCCGCCCGGGGACUCGCCUCCUCUUGCUCCGACUUCCACGCUCCUGGCGGUGGGUCGCCUUCGCACUUCGGCUUCAACGGGACGGGGGUGGCGGCCAGCGGGAGCAGCGGAGGGAGCCCGAGCAGCAGCAUCCAGUCGCCGGGGGCGAUGAGCAGCGGGGGCAGUGGGGGCAGGCUGGGAUCGGAUUCGGGGUUGGCUGGGGGGGAGCUGGUGCCGGUGGCUCUGGGGCAACAGAGCGAGGCAGGGGGUGGGCUGGGGUUCAGUGUGACGGCCGGGGGGCAGGGGGGGCGUCUGGCCUUGGUGAAGAGGGUGUGGGACCGGCGGCAGUGUGUCGGACUCCAGCCGGGAGACGCCAUCGUCAAGAUUAAUGGCGCCGACGUGCAGAGCCUCAGUUUCGCACAGGCACCGCCCUCCCCCUCCCCCCACCUCUCGCGGGAUGUUAACGCUCCACCCACCGACUCUGUGGUGCCUCGCACCUCCCUAACCCCGCCCCCUCCCUCGCUGGUGCGCUCCUCAUUGGUCCAGAGCACCAGCUUCCUGGACUCAGUGCCUGUCACUCUCACCAUGGAGCCUCGUGAUUGGAUGAGCGCUGACGAGGCGGGCAGCCCCAGGCUCAGCUCCCGCAGAAGAGAGGAGAGGGAGAAGCAGUCCCGGGCGGCGCCCCCUGUGCCCCCGCCCCUCCCGCGCGGCUCCGAGGUGGAGCUCAAGAGACGCCCUGGUGAGGGGUUCGGCUUCGUCAUCGCCUCGCAGGACGUGGAGAACGGCCGAGUCGGUGUGCCUCGGGCUCGUGAUUGUUGCGUUCGUGAUGCUGUCCGUGCGUGGAGGCUCAUGUGUGUGGAUUUAAGCUGCCCCAGCCUGCCUCGGAUCUGUGUUUGGGACUCGGCAGAGCACACACACUCACACAAACACACACAGACACACGCACACACACAGACACACACACCCAAAAGCAUGCUGGAGAGACUGCAGUCAGCUUUCAAAACUGUCAAGGACUCCAAACCCACCUCUCUUCUCCCUCAUCGUUUCGUGACGGUGCGGAGGGGUAGUCCGGCAGCACGGAGCGGUCAGAUCCGCCCCGGCGACCGGCUGGAGGCGGUGGAGGGCCGCUCGGUCGUCAUGCUGCCUCACCGCGAACUCGCCCAGAUCCUUCGCCGCGCCGGGAACACACUACGCCUCACCAUCGUACCACGCUCCAGCGCACAUGCCUCAGACACUGCUGACAACGAGCCAAACUACAGGACACGGAAGAGCCACAGGUCUCGGCCCAAGGUGAGAGGAGAGCAGGACUCCCGUUACUACAGUGUGGAUCUGGAUCGAGGGUCCACUGGCUUUGGCUUCAGUCUAAGGGGGGGCAGCGAGUACAACAUGGGCCUCUAUGUGCUGGGCCUCAUGGAGGGGGGGCCAGCGUCACGCAGCCACAAGAUACAGGUGAGUGAUCAGCUGGUGGAGAUCAACGGCGACAGCACCACUGGUAUGACACACAGCCAAGCAGUGGAGAGGAUCAGAACAGCAGGCCACCACAUCCACCUGGUGCUGAAGAGGGGCAACGGCUACGUCCCCGACUACGUGGAGCUGUCCAGCUUGUCUCUCUGUAUGACCAACUCUAAGCUUGGCGAGCCUUGCUUCUAUGUCAUCGGUCGGACCGAGAAUACGCGGUUGGUAGUCGUUCCCGUUAGUUCUCCAUUUUUUUGUUUCUCUACAUCUAUCUCUCUCUCUCUCUCUUUCUCUCUCUCUAUCUCUGUCUCUCUAUAUCCCUCUAUCUCUGCCUAUCUUGGGGGUCUUGGGGAUUAA